GGCCGCCCCCUCCCCGGCGAUGAAGGCGAGCCCCGUGGCGAGCGCCGCGGCGGCGGCGGGGCCGGGGCAGGCGGCGGGGGGAGCCGCGGGGGCGCCGCGGGAGCCCGAUGCGCGCUGGAGGGAGAAGGGCGAAGCGGAGGCGGAGCGGCAGCGCACCCGGGAGCGGCUGGAAGCCACGCUAGCCGGGCUGGGCGAGCUGGAGUACCUGCGGCAGCGGCAGGAGCUGCUGGUGAAGAGCCUCCUGCUGCGGCGGCCGGCGGGAGCGGGGCCCGGGGCGCAGGGCGGCCGCGGGGAGCCGCCGGGAGAGGGGCCGCCGCCGCGCAGCCUGGAGGAGAAGUUCCUGGAGGAGAACAUCCUCCUCCUGCGGAGGCAGCUGAACUGCUUGAGGAGGAGGGAUGCUGGGUUAUUAAAUCAGUUGCAAGAGCUGGAUAAGCAAAUAAGUGAUCUCCGCCUGGACGUGGAAAAAACGACAGAUGAGCACCUGGAGACAGACAGUCGUCCAAGUUCAGGGUUUUAUGAGCUGAGUGAUGGAGCUUCUGGAUCGCUUUCCAAUUCAUCUAACUCUGUCUUCAGUGAGUGUUUAUCCAGUUGCCAUUCUAGCACUUGCUUUUGCAGCCCUUUGGAGGCAACACUGAAUAUCUCAGAUGGACGCCCUAAAUCUGCAGAUCUCAUAGGCUGGAUGGACUAUAAUAAGGAAGGCCAGCAUGAGGACCAGACCGCAGGCUCUGUCUGUCGCUCUUUAUCCACACCGCACUCAAAUUCCCUCGAUGUCGUUGCAGAUGUACAUCCCAAGUACCAGUGCGAUCUGGUGUCUAAAAACGGGAACGACAUCUACCGCUACCCCAGCCCGCUCCACGCUGUGGCUGUGCAGAGCCCCAUGUUCCUUCUCCCCGUGACUGAGAACCCCCAGCGAGAAGAGGAGAGGCUCGCUGGCGAUAUGAGCGACGUUUGCACUCCAUCCGAAAUGGACUCGGGACAAUCCGCCAACGCCUUCCCCCCGCAGAGCUCCUGGCCGGCUCCGUGCCCUUCCACCAGCAAGAGGAUAGACAGCUACAUCUUAAGCCUGGUUCAGAAAAAGACUCACGCAGUAAGGACUAACAAACCCCGGACGAGUCUCAACGCCGAUGCCACCAAAGGGAUCUUGAGGCAUGGGAGCAUGUGCGUCCGGCCGCCGGCAGCAAUGGUGGCCCACGGCAACGUGGUGAACCUGAAGGGCUCCAAGCCAGUGUGUUUGCCUCCCGGUGGGACCCCCGCUCUGGAUCACACGGCUCCCUCCCCGUUAAAGCAGAGGCCAAGGGAGCCGGCUGGGGAGCAGCUGGAGAGUAGGAAGGCCCCAUUGCCGGCAGCUUUCCCACCCGGCACAGCAGCGGAACUCCAGAGCAAGCACCUGCCACGGGGCGUCAAACCGGCACCGCCGGAGCUGGGCCGCAGCACCGCGACCACGGCCGGGGACGUCCCCAAGGAGAACGGCCAGCUCUUUGCUGCGUCUCCCAAAGAGACCCCAGGGAAGCCGGUGGUGCUGCAGCCAGAGAACAGGGUCAGCCAGCCUCCCAAAAAGAUCCUGUUGAAGAGCAGCUUGCAGGCGGCUCGCUCCUCGUCACCGGCCGUCGAGGAGAGGCCCGCGCUGGAUUUCAAAAGCGAGGGCUCUUCCUCACAGAGCCUGGACGACGGGCUGCUGGUGAACGCCCAGUACAUCCCGGCCCAGCAGCAGAGCAUGAAGCUUCACAAAGGCACCCGGAACGUCAAGAUUUUGAAAAGCUCUGCGUUGAAACACAGGUCCCACCUUGCCAGCGGGGUGGAAAACAGCUCACAGACCUUGCGGGAGAAAGCCAAACUGGCCGGCAAGAAGUGCCGCUUUCCUGAGGAGUUGGAUACAAAUAAGAAACUGAAAAAGCCCUCGUCACGGGGGAAGAGAGGCAGCGGCUUGCCACUGGAGCCGAGCCUCCCGGGCCGGCAGGCCGGCCUGCACAGAUCUGCCCUCCGCUCCCAUGGGCACGGCCGGGAGGUUGUGGUGGCCAAGCCCAAACACAAGCGUGCCGAUUACCGCCGCUGGAAGUCCUCGGCAGAGAUCUCCUACGAGGAGGCCCUGCGGAGGGCGAGGAGGAACCGGCGGGAGGGCGUGGGGGUCUACUCACAGGUGCCCCUGCCCUAUGUCAGCCCCUAUGCCUACGUGGCCAGCGACUCGGAGUACUCAGCUGAGUGCGAGUCCUUGUUCCACUCCACCGUGGUGGACACGAGCGAGGACGAGCAGAGCAACUACACCACGAACUGCUUUGGAGACAGCGAGUCAAGCCUGAGCGAGGUGGAGUUUGUAGGGGAGAGCACGACCACCAGCGACUCUGAUGAGAGCGGGGGCCUGAUUUGGUCUCAGUUUGUCCAGACACUCCCCAUCCAAACAGUCACGGCGCCGGAGCUGCAUGAAAAUGCGGCCAAGGCCUUUGUCAAAAUCAAAGCCUCCCAUAACCUCAAGAAGAAGAUCCUCCGCUUUCGGUCAGGCUCCCUGAAGCUCAUGACGACGGUCUAGUGAGGUGACUUGGUGGAAUGUAUCUGCUUCUGCUUUCAGAAGCAAGGUGCUUUUUUUUGUACAUAUUUCCACAGAUUUUUUUUUUUUUUUAAUACAAAUAUUUAAAACUUAAGGUAAAUUAUGUCACUUGUCUUCAGAACUUGGGUGGAUACUAGUGCCUUUUAUGUGGAAAUAAAAGACCAUUACACUUGUUUAAAAAAACCCAACACAACACUGCCAUUUCAGUGGUGAACAGCCUCCAGCGCAUGAUAUCAGAAGGCUUCAAGAAAAGGCUAAAAUGUUUCUGGGAAUGGAUCUUCCUUGCCUAGUUUUUCCAGUUCUGGGUCUUAUAGAGGAUAUCAACAGCUUAAGGUCAUAAGUUUUUAGGGAAUAAAGGGGAGGGAGUGAGGGUGGUUCUUCAUGUUUUUGCUUGUCCCUUUCUGCUGCUGCUCUUACCACAUCUUGAACUUUUUCCUUCUGGUACUCUGGUCUGUUGUUUUGGUUUUUUUUCCUUGUUGAUUCUUUUCUUGAAACUCACUCCUGUCCUCCCCCAGCCUUCCCCCACCAGGAAAGGGUUCCUGUUCAAUCUGUCUCCGAGGUUAAGUCGCCUUCCCUGGAGUGCACUUUGCUCCGAUCUCCUGGGAGUCCCGCUGUGGAUGGCGGUGGUGUCCAGAGUAAACUGCAGCUGGAGCAGAUGACCAAGGCUUAGUAACUUCAUUAUAUUGUGUAAAACUGCUUUUAAAAAAGAAAAAAAAAAAACCCAUAUGCAUGUCACGUGCAUGAGUAUCAGUAGUUUUAAUAUUCCUGUUGAUGUCCAAUUUACUGUACAUCAUCAAUGGCUGUUUUUAUAUAUAUAUAUAUCAUUGUGUAAAUUAAUAUAAUACAUCAUAUGCUGUAAUAAACAGUCUGUUUUAAUACUUUUUAAAGUUUGUUACAUUGGUGCAGACCCAGUCAGUGCUUUUAUAUUGGUGUUGUCACCACUUAGAUGUCUCCUGAGGUGACCUGUUCACAUUCCUUGCAUUUAGCCAUGUAGGAAAUGGGACAAAUUUAAAAUGCUGCUGUGGAUGUGACCUGUGCUUUGAGGGAAUAGACCUGUCGUGGCUCCUUUUCUCAUAGCUUGCAUUUUUCCAAGGGCAAGAUGGGAUUUAGGAGCUCAGAGGCAUCUUCAGGUUGUUGCUGAUGGGCAGCUCAUGUUUCAGAGCAGAUGGAAGUAUAAUAUUAAUCCUGCUCUCUGGGUGCUUGCAGACUUUGGUUAGUACAACCUUGGGGCAGAUGGUUGGUUUCUGUAACCAAAUCCAUCUGUGGGACACAUCAGGUGUCCCCAUGGAAUGUCCAGUAAGUGAAUCCUCAAGAGCUGUGUGCUAUGGGAGCUGGGCUGGGUGGAGGAGAGCACAGGCUGCCUGCCCAUGGUGGUCCCUCUGUAGCUUUGGCUGUUGGCUCUGUUCCAGCCCUAGCAGGGUCAUGGAAGGUGACAAUUGCAUCACCCACUGGUCUCUGUCUCAGGUUCUUCCCAUGGGACUGGAGGGGAGUCUGGCAGCAAAGGAGAAAGAUGCCCUCCAUAAGUAACACUGCUUCUAUUCACAACAAAAGCUUUGGAGCUGCCUGGUGGGAAGGUUGGAGGUUUUGGGCUGGUUGAGCUGGUUUCUGCAGGUUCAUCUUCUGCUUUGGCAUCCACGAAGCAGCAGAAGACAGCUGGAGUGGGUGCUGUGGCUGGUGUGGAUUUCAGGGAUAUGUGUGCAGCAUAGCAAGGUCUGAGCAGAGCUUUCCUUUGUGGUUCCUCUGUGUCCUUCCUGCUGUCACCCAGCUGAAAGGCAGAACAGUUUUUAACCAGGUUUCCUUGCAUUGCAAAUGUAGAAGGGAAAGAUCCACUCAGAAUUAAACAUCUCAGAAUUAAACAUCUCAGGGAGCAGCUCCUGAGACAGUGGGAACACUUUUCCUAACAGGCACAUUUUAUUUUUUUAUCUGCAGUAUGGUAAUUCCCUAUUCAUAAUGUCUGAAAUUAUUCUUUUCCUAAUUGUGUUUUUUUUUUGGUGUUUUGGGGUUUUUUGGGUUUGUUUUGGUUUGUUUUUUUUGUUGUUGUUUGGUUUGGUGUUUUGUUGGUUUUUUGGUUUUUUUCAAGCAGUGGAAAAUUGGUUUCUAUAAGGGUUUUGCAGUACAUCACCAGGUUGUGGAUUCAGUGACCUAGAAAGUCCUUGCACUUCCACCUCCCAUGAAACAGCAAAAGCUGGAAGUCCUCUUAUCUGCUCAUAACUCUCCUAUUACUUUAUACAUGGA